GGAAAUGCAAUACGUAUAGGCGUGUCUUCUGCAGAUAUUCCUCAACUCUCUUAUUUACAACUGAACAACAAAAGACCAAACGCAAACAGCUACUAUGAAGAAAUGAAACCUCUCUUCUUCACGUUGAAAAUAUUUGGACUUAUGCCAUACCACGUCACCUCGAAGGGGCAGGUGGCAUUUGAAUUCAUUUCGGCUCCAAUGCUGUACUCCGCUGUAAUGGUAACUGGGAUAGUUAUUAGUUCUGUGGUAACACUAAGAGACAGCUUUCAGAGAGCGUACGCCAGAAAUGUUUCAAGCUUUGAAUGUGACAUUGCAGAAAUGACUUUCUCAACUGGGUACGUGUUCCUGAUUGUGAUGCCUUGUGUACGAUUCCUGGAAUAUCGGAAAAUAACACGCUUUAUCAACGACUGGGGAAAUUUACAGACAGACUUCACUCGUAUUACCGGAAAGUCUUUGGCCCUGGGUCUGAGGCGCAAGGUGCAUCUUACAAUUGCUGCGUUGCUACUCUGGGUUGCAGCCCUCGGAGUGAGUCUACGCUUGACCUCGCUUGGUCUGAGAUGGUGGCAGAUCACGGCCACUUUGCUGUGCUCCAGCGUCACCUGGAUCAUGUCAUGGCUCUUCACAUUCACAUGCUUAGGCCUCAAUUCUGCAGCCAGGAUUAUAGCAGACGAAAUUUCUCUGGAGGUAGCAAAUAAAGGUGUUGGACGCACUGAAAAGAUAGCUCAGUACAAGUUUCUGUGGCUCAGACUGAGCUACUUAACUCAGGAUUUGGGAAAUUCCAUGGGAUUCAGCUACGGGGCGCUUAUCGUCUUGUGCUUCGCUGCUCAAGUGCUGUCUUGCUACGGCUUUCUGUCCAGCAUAGGACAGGGGAUAAAACUGACCCAGGUAACCCUCGCCGCGGCCACAACAUUCAUCGGCCUGCUAUUGUUCUGCAUCUGCAGUGCUGCCAACUGCGCUACUCAACAGGUUGGAAGCAAAUUUCAAGCGCGCCUGUACACACUGAUACAGCAAAAUCCAUCAGCAAGUUUUCAGACCAGCAACGAGAUCCAGCUGUUCAUUUCAACAAUUUCGUCUAACCCACCUGCAAUCAAUUUAAGUGGUUUCGUGGUUCUUGACAGGGGAGUAAACACAGCUUUGAUAUCUCAGAUGGUCACGUACUUAAUCGUCCUAAUGCAGUUCCAGCUGAGCUCACUGGACGCAAAAGGAGACCUAAAUUACACUAAUUCCUAGCUGAAAAUCGCAGGUUUAAUGAACUCAAUAAACUUUGUAGAAAUGAGACGUAAGGUGACUUCUACUUACAUAACUUUAAAACUU